ACACACAUGACGCCAACAAUUUGAGAGCCGGAAACACUUUAGAUACCAUUGGAAUCUAAUCCUAUUCGAGAGAAUAUACACACAGCACUGCAACUCAGGUAUACUGUAGAGAGAAGAAUGGACAGGAAUUUUGAUUUAUAUGAGAAUACAGGAGAUAAGGUUUCAAUAGAAGGUGAAUACGCAAAUUGGGAGAAACCGAGGAAUCUCAGGAACAUAAACGAUCAGGAAUAUCAAUGCUCAGGAGAUAAGACUACAGGAAGCAGAUGUUCCAGAUUGUCCACAGUGUGUGUAGCGCUGCUGUGUGUUCUCCUGCUGAUCGUCGUUAUAGUGCUGUUGGUGAAACUCAACAACAUGACAAGAGAAAGAGACCAGUUGCAGAUCAGUUAUGGUAACAUGACUUCAGAGAGAGAUGAGCUACACACUGAGAGAGAUGGACUCCAGAGGAUGUUGAAUUUUUCCCUUCAGCUGUGUCACAGCCUUUUCAUCACAACAGAGCAGAAGAGCUGGCAUAGCGCUAGACAGGACUGCAAGUCGAGAGGAGCCGACCUUGUGAUCAUCAACAGCCGAGAAGAACAGGAGUUCAUCAGUAAAAAGUUCAAGGGUAUUGAGGCUUGGAUUGGUCUGACUGACUCUGUUGAAGAGGGGACGUGGAAGUGGGUGGAUGAUACAGUAUUGACCACUGGGUACUGGUGGGACAACGAACCAAAUGACUACGAUGGUAUUGAGGACUGUGCAGUGACUGGCAGCAAAUUUGCUAAAGCUGAAGUGACAACGUGGGCUGAUUAUCCUUGUCAUAAUCCUGUACUUGCGAUUUGCAAGUUGAACACAAAUAAGUAGAGCAGAAAUCAUUUUAAAUAACUCAAUAGAUCUGUAUUUUGUUAAGCUGUUUCUUAACCAGGGAUACUCAUGUCAUGGUUUUUACGCCAGAUUUUCUAGUUUUGGAAAACUGUUGCAUGGUGUUUUGGGACUAGUAUAAAGAUAGUCUAUUUGUUUUGUAGCAAAUAAUCUGAAAUAAAGCUAAUCAGUUUCUGCAAACACAAAGCUAGAAGUCCUUUUGAUUUCAUAAAAUCGGUGAAAUUUAGUUC